AUGAGACUUCCUGGUCCGAAGAGGAGGCAUCACUCUGUCAUGCCUCCUAAGAGAAAAGCCGCUGCUACUAAAACCAGGGGGAAGAAGAUCAAACAGGAGCCAGAGACCUCCCAGACCCCCCAGAAACCAAAAGAUACCUUCACCUCGGCCAAAGAAGCUCUGAAGGCCGCCAUUCCGGAGAAGAAAGGCAAGAGGAAGAAGGACGAUAAUUGUUACGCAGAUGGAGAGGUUUACGAGGACUACGACUGUAUGCUGAACCAGACCAACAUCGGCAACAACAACAACAAGUUUUAUGUGAUUCAGUUGAUCAAAGAGGGACCGCGCUCCUUCCACACCUGGACCAGAUGGGGACGAGUGGGAGAAACUGGACAGGACAACCUGGCCUCGUUUACUUCACUGGAACCAGCCGUCAAAGAGUUCGAGAAGAAGUUUAAAGACAAAACCAAAAAUCAGUGGCGCGACCGUGACAAUUUUGUGUCUCAUUCCGGGAAGUACACUCUGAUCGAGGUGGACGGAGACCAGGACGCAGAGGUUAAGGUGGACACAGUGGAUUCCAAGUCUGUGAAUAGAAAUGUCCUGCCCUGUUCUUUGGAUAAAGCCACACAGAAGCUGAUUGAGCUGAUCUUCAGUACGGACAUGUUCAAGGAGGCCAUGGAAGAGAUGAACCUGGACAUUAAGAAGAUGCCUCUGGGAAAGCUCAGCAAGAUGCAGAUCGCAAAAGGCUUUGAGGUCCUUGAGGAGAUCGAAGCCGCUUUAAACAAUAAAAGCAAACGGCAGAUUUUAGAAGAGCUCUCGUCCAAGUUCUUCACCACCGUCCCACACAACUUUGGUAGAAGCAGACCUCCAACCAUCGACUCAAAGGAGAUCAUCGAGAAGAAAAAGGAGAUGCUCAUGGUGCUCGCAGAUAUAGAGUUGGCUCAGACUCUGAAGUCGGAGACAGAAAAGGCUCAGGAGGAGAUGGUCGAGACCGUCCCUCAUCCGGCCGACCAGGACUACGCCUCCCUCAAUUGCAACCUCACCCUCAUGGACAAGAAGUCUCCUACAUACAAGAUCAUUGAGAAAUACUUGGCCAAAACAAAGUGCUCGUAUAACAACCCGAAAAUUGUCAACCUUUGGGAGUGCGACCGCGAGACGGAGGGCGAGCGCUUCAGGGAGCACGAUCACCUGGAGAACCGGCGCCUGCUCUGGCACGGCACCAACAUUGCGGUGGUGGCGGCCAUCUUGAAGAGUGGCCUCAGGAUCAUGCCUCACUCCGGGGGCAGGGUGGGACGUGGCAUCUACUUUGCAUCGGAAAACGCAAAGUCUGCAGGAUAUGUGGGAACCUCUAAAAACACUGGGAUCAUGUUUCUGAACGAGGUAGCUCUGGGUAAAGAGCACACCAUCACCUCUGGCAACAGCUCGCUGAGGAAAGCUCCCAAAGGCUUCGACUCUGUGGUGGCGAGAGGAUCCCUUGAGCCAGACCCCUCUCAGGACGUCUUCAUCACUCUGGACGGGAAGCAGGUGGCCGUCCCCCAGGGCCCCGCCAUCGAGCAGCCUCAGUACAAAGACAGCUCCUUCUCCAGCAGUGAAUAUCUGAUCUACAAAGAGAGCCAGUGUCGCAUGCGCUUCCUGCUGGAGCUGAACAUGAAAUGA